UCUAUUCAUUCUGUGGUGCGUGCAAUACAGUAUUCUGUCUGCAUACAUGUCAAAAUUUCACGAAUUUUAUCUUGUUUAACCCUUGUGCGUAAUUAAUUUCUACCCUUUUUCUUGUAUUAUAUCGCACUGAAUUUUCGCGGACUAUGCAGGAGUUUCCCUAUGUCUUGUCAGAAUACGAGGAAAUAAAUUCUCUUCUUUACAAGCCUAUCAAUUCGACCCAACGAAUUAAGUACACAUGCUUCGGUACAUCUCCUAACUACGUCGUACUAGGUUCAACUAGUGGCAGUAUUUACCUUUUCUCAAGGAAGCCAUGCUCUUUUCUGCAAUUAAUACCUCUAUCGGAAGGAGCAGUUUCACGUGUCCUCGUAUCACCCGAUGAAAAAAUAAUUGCACUGACAACAACACGCAGAGUAGUUUGUUUGGUAUCUUUGAAACCAACACCCAAAUUGAUAGCCAUCUCAAUGGAGCAUAUAAACGAACAAGUCAACUGCCUCUGUUGGAAUGAUAAUAGUUCGGAAGUAUACAUAGGAGACUGCAAUGGCAAAGUUUCGGUUAUGACUUUGUCAAUUUUUACGGUGAAUGGUAUGUUUCAAGCACCAGCCUGCACGUUAAUGAAUUUGGAUUCAGCUAUCGUGCAGCUUAGUUUCUCUUCGCCGUUAUUAUUAGUGUCGACCUUAACACGCUGUUAUAUAUGCGAUACGGUACAAGAACAGUACAAGCAAGUUGGGAAUAAAACGCGUAACGGAGAGUUCGGCGCUUGUUUCUACAAGACAUAUAUUACAGAGACUAAGAGUACGGCGAAUAUUCAAAAAGAAGAAAAAUUAAUCAAUAGAAAACGUUCCUUUAAUUUCAUUCCCGAGGGCAUCAGCAGCAUACAAGAAGACAAUUUUCCCAAAAUGUUUUGCGCUCGGCCGGGUUCUAGACUCUGGGAAGUCUCUGCAAACGGUCAUGUAAUAAAAACUCAUCAGUUUAAAGAAGCGCUGGCUGUUCCACCUGUAACGACAUGCAGACCAAACAUGAAAAAAUCCACUUACCAGAAGCAAAUGGAACAAUCCUGGACACCGCAAUCCAUUAACUUCUCACAUUUGUUUGUCGUAGCUGAGAAAUAUUUAUUUUCGUACACUUCCAGCGGUCUGUAUAUAGUCGAUCCUGCGACUGCAACCGUGAUACUCUGGAACAACGAAUUUUCAAAUAUAAGUAUGGCAGAGACUGUAGAGAACAGAAUAUAUUUAAUGACAUCCGAUGGAGAAUUCCAUUGUUUAAUUCUGUGUUUCUUAGAUUCUUUAAUAUUACGAUUAUACAAUAGGAAAAAAUACUCUGAAUGUUUAGAGAUAUGUCUCUUGUAUAAAGUACAACUGAAGACAUUAAUAAAAAGUACAGAGAUUAAUAAAAUAUGUGAUGUUGAAAACAAGCUUGAGGUACUUAGAGACGACGAGUUGUCGACAUUGUUGCAUCCCUUGACGCUACUCUUGGAAUCCAAUUCUAAAACGUGUCCAAAGAAAUUAGAUUCGGGUAUCGUUGUCGUUAAUUCUGGAAAUUCAAACUUGAAAGAGGAGGAAAAUUUUAGGUAUAAAUCUCAUUGUUCCUCGCAAAACAACGAAAGUCCUUACGAAACCGAAUUAACAACAGAGACUGACGCGGUGGUUCGCUCAUCUAAUGAACCGACUAAUGAGGCAGAACAGGACGAAGAUAGCAAUUGCAAUACAGCAAGUAAAAUAGAAAAUAACGAUCAAGAUUUAUCAGAGAACAAAAAAGAGUUAGAUUCAAACAAAAAUGCGAUGCAAAGUAUACAAGCAGAUUUGGAAGCUGUAUACGUGUUAGUUGGGAAUAUUAGACUCUCUAUGAACGAAGGGGAGUUAGAGGCAUUGAUAUCGGCCGUAGAUAGGAGGAUAAACGUUAUCAAACAUUCGUAUGAAAGUUUAACCGAUUUGAAAAGCUUCGUAUACGAAAUCGUAAGAAGCGCAGAAUUAUAUUACUUCAAUACUCUACUAGAGAAUGUUCCGAUACAACUAAUCCAGUCGACUGAUAAUAAGUAUAUUAUUAAACAAAUAAUGAAAGCUUUUGUUAAUGUAAAUGCGCAAACCUGCAGAAGGUGUACCUGUGGUAGUCCAUGCCCGACAAACGAAUUAGCAGAACCAAAGUUCCUGGGAAUUGGUAGAUCUCUUCUUAAAAGAUUUGUAGUUGAAAAUAAAGAGCACUGUAUAAGCGUAUGUAACAGAGUACCUUACAUGUGGCGUGAAUAUUUACCAGUGCACGUGGAACAGCGCGAUGUACCAUUAAACGAUUUGUUGCAACAGUGCCUUCAAAUUAGAGACAAUGUUGUACUUUCCAUUCUUCUACCUUUAUUGGAUGGAAAACACUGGAACCUUGUAGCAACGUACGUGAAGCAGGGGAAGGAAGGACAGUGUCUAUUUUGUGGCAAAUCUAUAAAGAAUGGAAAUAAUGAAAUAUCGAUACAAUGGAGUACUGUGAUACAUGAAAUUAUGAAGAAACAGGGACCCGAUAUCGCUAUGACGUUUCUAGUAAAGUUGGAGAAAGCUAUACCAAACGUUCCUAUCGACAAAAGUAUAUUUCAAUCCCUCGUAUUCACAAAAAUCUUAUAUCAGCAUGGAAUGAAACGUGUUGUUAAUUUCAAUAAGAAUACUCUGGGUUCAUCGGAAUAUAAUACAAUGUGUUCUACAAGGAUUCGUGAUCAACUGGUGGAAGUUCUGGAGAAAGAUCUAGGUAGAGCAAUUAAUAAAAACGUAUUUGGGAGCGGAGCUCAUCAUUGGGGAAUGCACUUUCAAAGUAAAUUCUCGACAUGUCCGUGCUGUACUCUGUCCCUCCAAACACCAGUUCUAUUAGGUAACAAUGGAAUCGCGAUAUUUGGUUGCGGCCACGCUUAUCACGUAAACUGUAUGAUAGAAAAGAAACUAACGACCUGUAAUCUUCAUUCUUAAUUUUGUACAUCUACGGUAAACAAUAAGUCUCGUAAAAGAAGGUAUCGACGUGUAAGCGUAGCUCUCCUUAUAAUUUUUAAAUAAACAAAUUGCACGUUGCUCGUCUA